CGAAAUUUUACAAAAAAAAAUUGGCGAUGGGAGGAAUUGAGCUGCUUGGUCUGCAAUUCAAAGCUUUGUUGAAGAAGAAUCUGAUACUCUCCCUGCGGAACAAGCGAUCGACGUUUAUCCAACUCUUCUCUUCGUUGUUCUUCAUUUUCCUCCUGUUUGGCAUCGACAGAGCAAUCAAUGCUCAAAACGGCAACACGACGACGUACGAGGACAUUCGGGAUCCGAAGCCGUUGGUGGCUCCGGCGAUCCCUCCAUGCGAGGACAAGUACUUUGUUAAGCUACCUUGCUACGACUUCGUUUGGAGCGGGAACGAAAGCCGGACCGUUGACAGGAUCGUUAGAGCCAUUAGAGAGAACAAUCCCGACAGACCCAUUCCCGAUACUAAGGUUAAAUCGUUUAGGACUACUGGUGAUGUAGAUGAAUGGCUAUUCAAUAAUCCUAUGCAUGUCCCGGGAGCUUUGCAUUUUAGAGAACUUAAUGGAAGUGUGAUUAGUUAUGGUUUACAGACUAAUUCUACUGCAAUGAUAAGACGGGGACAAAUUGAAGAUCCCACACUUAAAUUCCAAAUUCCACUACAAGUUGCUGCAGAACGUGAGAUUGCUAGGUCACUAAUUGGAGAUCCAAACUUUGGAUGGACUGUUGAAUUCAAGGAAUUUGCUCACCCCGCAGAGGACAACUUUUCCACGUUGGCUACUGUUGGACCCAUUUUUUUCCUUGCGAUUGCAAUGUUCAGUUUCGUGUUCGAGAUUGGUUCGUUGGUGUCAGAGAAAGAACUCAAGCUUCGACAGGCUAUGACUAUGAUGGGUCUUCUUGAUUCUGCCUAUUGGUUAUCAUGGCUCACAUGGGAGGGAUUCAUGACACUUAUUUCGUCACUCUUUAUAGUUCUGUUUGGAAUGAUGUUUCAGUUUGAUUUUUUCUUGAACAACAGCUUUGCCGUUCUCUUCUCUGUCUUCUUCCUUUUCCAACUCAAUAUGGUUGGUUUCGCCUUCAUGCUGUCAUCAUUCAUUAGCAAGUCAUCUUCAGCCACUACUAUUGGUUUCUUCAUUUUUAUAAUCGGUUUUUUUACCCAGAUUGUUACUACUGCUGGAUUCCCCUAUACUCAUAACUUUAGUCAGACUCUUCAAAAUAUCUGGUCAUUAUUCCCGCCCAAUCUUCUUGCUGAAGCACUAAAUCUUCUUUCUGGGGCUACUAACACUCCACAAGACAUUGGAGUUAGCUGGAGUAGACGAACAGAAUGUGCUCCAAAUGAUGACGAGUGUAUAAUAACAAUUAAUGAUAUCUACAUAUGGUUGGUGGCAACAUUUUGUGUGUGGUUUGUUUUGGCUAUCUACUUCGAUAACAUAAUUCCAAAUGCAUCUGGUUUGAGAAGACCAGUAUUUUACUUUUUGAUGCCUGGGUAUUGGACGGGGAAAGGUGGAAAGGAAGAAGAGGGUGGCAUCUGUAGUUGUAUUGGUUCAGCUCCACCUGUGGAGCAUAAUACUCCCGAUGAUGAAGAUGUCCUUCAAGAGGAAAACCUUGUUAAAACACAAACAAUGGAGGGUACAGUUGAUCAAAAUGUUGCAGUUCAAAUACGCGGUCUUGCAAAGACAUAUCAUGGGACCAGAUCCUUUAGUUGCUGCUGUAAAUGCAAGAAAACUGCACCAUACCAUGCUGUUAAGGGCUUAUGGGUGAACCUUGCAAAGGAUCAACUAUUUUGUCUUCUUGGACCCAAUGGAGCUGGAAAAACCACAGCAAUCAACUGCUUGACUGGCAUAACACCUGUGACUAGCGGAGACGCACUGAUCUAUGGUAACUCUGUUCGAAGAUCUGUUGGUAUGUCAAAUAUUCGGAAAAUCAUCGGAGUUUGUCCUCAGUUUGAUACUUGGAAUGCUCUAUCUGGUCAAGAACAUCUUGAGUUGUUUGCUAAUGUCAAAGGCCUACCUACAUCUACAAUCGAGUCGGUAGUUGAGAAGUCACUGGCUGAGGUCAGACUCACAGAAGAUGCAAAAGUGAGAGCUGGGAGUUACAGUGGAGGAAUGAGGCGUCGACUCAGUGUUGCAAUUGCCCUUCUAGGGGACCCAAAGAUGGUCAUUUUGGAUGAACCGACUACCGGUAUGGAUCCAAUAUCCAGAAGGCAUGUCUGGGACAUAAUAGAGCGCGCAAAGAGAGGUCGUGUCAUUGUCUUGACAACGCACUCUAUGGAAGAAGCUGAUGUUUUAAGCGACCGUAUAGGAAUCAUGGUAAAGGGUAGGCUCAGCUGCCUCGGAACCUCAAUCAGGUUGAAGUCACGAUUCGGUACUGGUUUUAUUGCUAAUGUUAGCUUCACUGGAAGCAACAAUGGGCUCAGCCCUCCCGAUGGAGAUGCAGUCGACACAGCAUACCAACAGGAGUCUGUAAAGCGGUUCUUUAAAAACCGUCUAGAUGUGGAGCCAAAGGAGGAGAACCGAAAUUACUUGACAUUCGUCAUUCCGCACGAUCGAGAAAAGCUUCUUACUAAAUUUUUCAAGGAGCUAGAAGAGAGAGAGCAGGAAUUCGGCAUAGCGGAUAUACAACUUGGUCUUACAACCCUCGAAGAAGUUUUCUUGAACAUCGCAAGGCAAGCGGAGUUAGAAAGCGCGGCAGCCGAAGGACGACUAGUAACUUUGACGCUAACAUCCGGAGCAUCAGUUCAGAUACCCGUAGGUGCAAGGUUUGUGGGGAUUCCGGGAACGGAAUCUGCCGAGAAUCCUAGAGGUAUCAUGGUUGAAGUCUACUGGGAGCAAGAUGAUUCCGGGACACUCUGCAUUUCUGGUCACUCUGCCGAAAUUCCAUUACCUCAUAAUGCUCAGCCGAUGGUUUCUCCGCCUAAUACCUGGAACCCCUUUGGCCGGAGGGUACCAGUUCGAGGAGUCGUGAUCGACCCGAACGACAAUGUCACACCUACUUCAUAGCCAUUCAUAAUGGACACCUUAUUUUCAUACUCUUUUUGCAUGUUUGCUUGAACCACUAUAGUCUUCUUUCAGGUCUUCUGAGUUUUUGUUUUGUUUUACUUUUUAGUGGGGGGUAUAGAACAUAAUUUUUUUUGUAAUUA